UCUUCCUCCUGCAGUUUCAGUCUCGUUUUUCUGAACUUGUGACAAACGUCACACCAUCUGUUGAUGAUGCGACAGUGGAGUUAACCAAACGGGCGAUUGAGCUUGAACUCCAGCGGUUCGAAAACCGCUUGGAUCUCAGUCUAUCAAGUACGCUUGAUAAGAAAUCGACCAACCUUAUGGACCUCGUGAAUCAUGCACGCAUAAAGGCUAAACAUCUUUGUGAACAGUGCUGGCGACAGUGGGACCGUUCAGGUGCUCAGUUCCCCGUUGGUGGUGACCCCAGUCAAGAGAAGCUGCUAGAGUUAGAGUCCGAUUUGUGUGAAUGCCAAACCAGACUGCUCGACCUCGUCAAUGCCGUGUGUCUAACGACGGCACAGGCCGCUCGCUCUAUGACUAUGAUCGACUCCGAUAAUCAACAGCAAGACAGCAAUGUGUUCCUCGAGGUUAUCUCCACGUCGGACAUGGAACGCGUUCUCAUGAUCGCCGAAGAGACCAGAGGCAUGAUACAAACCAUUCCGGACCAAGAACGAUUCAUUGAAAGAACUAUACUCGAAGUGGAAUUCGCCCCACAUCUGAAGUGGAACGUGCUCUCUGUGAAAAAUCUUUGGCAGACGUAUCAAGAAAAGCUCACUUGUUUCGAAAAAUUUAUUACCUCUCUGGAACAUGGAUUCAAACUGCUGUCUCAAAUCAAAAAGUUCGCUGUACAAAAGGAUGUCUACUUCAACAAUCUAGAAGCCCAUCAAACCAGGCUUCCUGAAUUGCAAGCUGAAGGACACCGAAUUGAACAAGCUAUUUUGACACUCGUCGAUCCGGAUCGACUGUGUCCGCUGGCAGAACGUGUGGAGUCUCUUCUGGAGGUUAAGCCUAGAGUUGGGUGGCUCGUGUUGCGAUUACAGACUGCGCUAAAGGAGAUCAGGAACGAUAUCGACGAGGCCGAUAUGCUAUUUUCCAACUUGCGUGCAUGUGGUUCGGUUGGAAAAGUGACCCCGAAGAGAUCUCAGUCCGACUCGUUUCAUAGAGUAUCUGGAAUCCCACGGGAGCUUUCAGCACAAUCUCUCAGAACAUCCUCUCCUUUGUCUCCAAAUGGAGUACCUUCAAUGUCAAGCCUGGACGACUCAAAACGCUUAGAUGUCCAAGACCUUGCCGUGCUUGAGUCCACUCCACCGCCUCUCCCACCAAGGGCGACGACUGCGCUCUUUCAAACAAGCGAUGGUGCAAGUGGUCGUUCAAGAAGAACAGAGUCUUCUCAAGCUAGCAAUGGAUGGGAAACUAAAUCUUUCGAUUCCAUUCCAGCCGCAUGGCGGAUUACACAUCCAUUAAGGGACCUACGGGUGAAUACUGGAGAGCGACUAUCACUUACCUGUCAAUUUACUGGUCCAUCUGGCCAGAACUCAUUCAGUACCAAGUGGAUCUUCAGGCCCUUUGUGUACGCGCUUGGAGGGGAGGCCGAUCUGGGUCCGGAAGUCGAUAUCUUAGCUACAGAUAACUCGGUAUCGCAAGAGAAUGGGUUGGAUUACGCUCGAUUGCUGUUCAGGUCAAUAGUUCCAAAGCUAGCCGGAAUGUACAGCGUUCAUAUUGUUUCUUCAGCCACAGGGCGCGAACUAACUUGCUCAGCUAGAGUUCACGUGCUUCCCCACCUACUCUCUCCAUUGGCUAACCUCACUGUUGCCACUGCGGAUGCGCAAACGGGCCGACUGGAGCCAGUCGCCUUCACCGUGGCGUAUCGUGGUUUCACUCAGAUUCCUCAUGCUUUGUGGACUCAUGCAGGUCAUCCGGUUGACUCUACAAUCUGGCGCAUGAGCACCAACCUCGACAGCUCCACAAUUUUCUCUAGUGUUGCGGAACGCUCAUCUCAAGGACAAUACGAAUGUCGUUUGCAUGAUCCUCAAACUGGAUUCGAGCUCUGUUCCUCUGGCAUUCUAUCCGUUUGUGACCAGCUAGAAUUCAUUGAACCGCUCCACCCACAACGUGUUGUAAAUGGCCAACCGUUCAGACUGAGCUGCCGCAUCAGUUGCCCCGAAGGAUAUUGCCUUUGCUCUUCCGCGGACUUCGAACACACUUCGGAAACCCCAGAGCCCCGUGUACUUUGGUUACUCAAUGGGCAUGAGCUCACUGCCUUGGACAGCACUCGUUUGGGUAUCACAACCGAAGUGGAUGGUGAUAUUUUGACCUUGAACGUGCCCAACGCACGUCCGCAACACAGUGGUCUGUAUCAAUGCGAAGUGAAAGUUGGGAACGUCACUGCGCGAACGCAGUGUAAGGUAGUGGUCGAAGAUGCCGUUGCACCAAAAAUUCUGGCUUGCUCUGUGGAACCUCCGGGGACUGUAUUUGAAGGACAGACCGUGAACAUUUCCGUUCGGUUCGAAGGCCACCCACUUCCAUCAUGCUCGUGGAUGAAAGAUGACAAGCCUGUCGUCGUGAACGAAGCACACUGGGAGGGUUGCAAGCUAACAAUUUGCGCUGAUCGUUGCACCUUUAUGAUUCCGCACGUCCGAUUGGAGCACACUGGGGUGUAUCAAGUCACGUUGAGCAAUUGCCUUGGCACAGAUGUGGCGAGCGCCAUGCUCUUGCUGGCAGCUUCCAGCUCAUCGAGACGUCCUAGUUCGUCUACAACUCUGUCUGGCAAGAACCUCUCAACACGAACUGAUGUACACACUCUGGAUCCCAUCCCCAACCUCAUUCUGUUACAUCCAAAAUGUGCAGUUGCUUCUGUGGGCGAGCGCGUCAGAUUUGUCUGUAUUAUAGACGCAUCUUCAGGACCGGCUUCCGUAGGCUGGUCUCACGAUGGAAGAAAUCUCACUUCUCAAGCGGGAUGCCGCAUUUUCAAUAACCAUCCAAGGGAAGGCAUCUUCCACUUGGAGUUGGAAUGCGUUCAGGAGCGCGAUGCAGGGGAUUAUUGUGCAAACGCCGUCAGAGUGGAUGCGAAGCAUGGAACGGGAUCUAAUGAACAAUCUGAAUUUGAGCUGAAACUCUUUGAAUCGUCGACCCUGGAAUUUCCUCCCAAGGCACCGUACUGCGACGACGCAACUCCGCACUCCAUUAUUCGUGUCGUGUCAGGAGAAAGUGUGACUCUAUCGUUCUCUGUUUACGCUUACCCUGAACCGGAAUUUUGUUGGAUUAGAAAUAAAAAAGAGAUGGUUGGUCAUUCAUGCGAGAGAUACAAGAUUACGCAUAAAGGCAUCCUGUAUUGCCUUACAAUCGAGAACGUCAGUCUUAAGGAUUCUGGCCUUUGGGAACUGGUGUGCUACAAUUCCGCCGGCGUACUCAUUUCUUCUAACCAGCUAGAAGUGAUUUCUCCUGUGUCAGAAAAAUCCGGGGGCUCUGCGCGUAGUGUAACUACAAAGCUGAUGGAGUCCACCGUCUUCUUGCCUGAUUCAUCAUCGACUCCCGCCGACGCUUCAAUGGCCCUGGCAUCUUCCACAUCGUCUACUACGUUGAGUGAACGGAAGGCUCUUGUCUCACAUCCCAUUUCUGUAGACACUGGUGGCACUCAACCUCCUGAGUUCAAAUCAGUAUUCACAGAUAUAACGUGCCGAACUGGUGACACCGUUAGACUAACGGCGCGUUUAACCGGCAGUCCGAGUCCACUAGUUUGCUGGGCAUUCAACGGGGAGUCGAUACAAAACACAAACGACCGUUACAGAGUGUUGCACCAUGGUGAAGUCUAUUCGUUGUGGAUUGAAGACGUCCGCGUUACUGAUUCCGGGCGAUAUUCCUUAACAGCGGAGAAUAUUGUAGGCUUGGCUACGUGUUCGGCUCUGUUGUUCGUGAGUGCUGGUUCCAUCAACAGGCCGUACAGCCCACUGAGUGAUCCAGGAUUUUGUAUCCACUCGGCGGAUGGUGCUGCGGAUGGUUUCGCACCCGAACGACGACUUCUACGUCAACACUCUGGCACCCAAACACCAACUCAUCAGCGAGUCGCACUCAUUCGAUCAAUAAGCACGUCACAUCUGGACGAUGAGUUUUUUGAACUGGCUUACCCUUACUCAGAUUACGCCCAUUGCCAUCGGUGUUCAAGGCGAAAGCGAUACGUAUGCAAUCAUCAACCAAUUGAACAACCACGGAUAAAGAGCGCUGGAAGCAAUGUCACGGGCAAACGACACAGAGGCGUACACGGGCGCAUCCGUGGUCGUAUCAGUGGGUUGAGCGGAACUGAAAGUCCGUGGCGAUUCUCAAGGCAUGGCAGUGAGGGUUCAUUGGUUCAUAUCUGCCCCAGCUGCCAUUCUAUCAUGAAAUCCAGAGCAGCUUAUGAAGACGGCGACAGCGACGACGGCUGCAUACUUUCGACUCACAUUACCGAAAGAAUAUACACUUGUGAGCGCAAUCGGAAUGAUAAUCUUAGCUCUUCUCACAGCCACAUGCGCGCGAGGUGCGGUCAGCCUGGCGACAGUUUGCCCGAUCCUCUCAGGUAUCAUCAUUCCUCUACGCAGUUCCGCCCGUCUGACCCAAGCCCGACUCGGCGCGAAAUUCCAAUUCAGUUUAUGAAUGGAAAUUCAUCAUCCUAUGUUCAAGAACAAUCUCACCGCGAACGAUUUUCCCAUGAUCGUGUCCUUCCGGUCGCUGCUACUCGGACGAGAAAUCUUCCCGUGUCAACGCCCAUUUCUGCACCGGCAGAUCCUCAGUUCAGUACUGUCGAAAGUUCCGACGGUGAGGUGAACCAGUAGAGCGUUCCGCGAACUUCUUACUGGCCUGUCCCUUCGCGUAGAUCGCUUUAUAUCCCACUUUCUUGACUAACAUCUGUAAAUUCGCGAACAUUUCCUCGCGGUUUUCGUCUAACUUGCUACCGUCCUACAUAUCAUUGCUUUCUUCGAUGUUUACUUUUCAUGUUUUUACACACUGUCUUUUAUUAGUAACGAAAAUGAUUCUACUUGCAAAA